GGCCUCGCUCAGGAUAGUCCAUCAGUGUGGGGUCUGUAUAUACAAUCCAUUAUAUAGAGGCCUCGCUCAGGAUAGUCCAUCAGUGUGGGGUCUGUAUAUACAGUCCAUUAUAUAGAGUCUUUGGUUCUGGUCACUGAGGCCUCGUCCUGUGAAUAUAACAUCAUCCGCACAUCUGUUAUUGUCUGAAUUGUUGCACUUGGGUCCCUUUGGUCUCACCAGGUAAACACUUUUUAUCUUCUCCGAGAGUAAUGAGAUUCUGCUGCCAAUGUCCUCCGAGGGCCACGUGGACGGGUCUCAUUGGUCGCUCUUAUCUCCUUGGCAGGAGCCAUCAUGGCAGAGGGUCAGAGCUGCUCUCCAUAUAAAUGGUAUGGCCGGUCCGGGUAGGUCUCACAAUCUCACAAGACACAAUGUUGAAGCUCGUGGUCCUCGCUCUCUGCUUGGCUUACGCCUAUAGCUGCGGUGUUCCAGCCGUUCAGCCCAUCCUGUCCAGAGUGGUGGGCGGCCAUGAUGUACGGGCAAACAGCUGGCCAUGGCAGAUUUCCCUGCAGUACCAAGGAUCCAGCGGAAACUGGGGCCACACAUGUGGGGGCACUCUGAUUGCUGACAACUGGGUGCUGACCGCCGCUCACUGUAUCAGCUCUGAUCGCACCUACAGAGUGGUUCUCGGAAAGCACAACCUUCUGGAAGAGGAGGAAGGAUCAGUCAUCAUCUCUCCAGAGAAGAUCAUUGUCCACGAGAAGUAUAGCGCCUUCUUAUUGAUCCGUAAUGACAUAGCCCUCAUCAAGCUCUCCGAGCCCGUGCAAGUGAGCGACACCGUGCAGCCCGCCUGUCUUCCAGCUAAUGGCGCUGUCCUGUCACAUGACUUCCCCUGUUAUGUCACCGGAUGGGGACGUCUGUACACCAAUGGACCCAUCGCUGACAAUCUCCAGCAGGCUCUUCUCCCCGUGGUCGAUCACGCUACCUGCUCCAAGUCUGACUGGUGGAGCUUCCAAGUGACAACCGACAUGGUCUGUGCCGGAGGAGAUGGAAUUGUGUCUGGGUGCAAUGGAGACUCCGGGGGUCCUCUGAACUGUCAGGCUGCUGAUGGAUCCUGGGAGGUUCACGGUGUUGUCAGCUUCGGCUCUGGACUCAGCUGUAACUAUGAGAAGAAGCCGACCGUCUUCACCCGGGUGUCCGCCUACCAGGACUGGAUCAAUGAUAAAAUCAUCAACAACUAAGAAGAGUCCAGGAGAGUCGUCCUCGAGCCGCGGCGCCGACCUCAGCCACAUCGCAACGCUGAUUGCCUUCUGUAUAGUGUAACGUUAUCAAUCAAUAAAGAGACUUAGAAUCUGCGCUGACUUU